AGACGAGUUCUGACAAUCAGGUGACAAGUAAAGAAAUGUUUUGUCAAUAGCACUAGUCGAUAAUGCACACAGAUCAGAGAAUAGAAUGAAGUACUUCUUUGGCAGUAUCUGGAUCCGGCACUGUCGGGGCUUCUUCAGCAAAGAUGAAGAAAUUUUAGCAAGGUUUAACUGGGAGCAUCUAAAGGCGUGAAAAUUCUCAAAGUAUUGUCACAAGUGUGUUUACAAACGGAUCAGGAGCAUAGGCUGAAGCGAUUACACCAAACUUGUUUCGAUGUUGAAUAAAUAAAUACUCUUGUCCGUCUGCUAUCCACUUCAAGCACGAAGACGGACCAGAGUACUCGGAAUCAGAGGGAGAGUAUGGUGUCUCAUUAUAGGAGACAUUCCCGUGACUAGAUUUGCGUCUUGCUGAAAUUUCCGUGGAAGAUUCUUAUGGAAUUAAGCAGUCCGAAGGACAACUCACAGAGGACGGGGUUCUUAAAUUUGGAGAAAAAUGCCGAAGUCAAAGAGAAAUUGCAAAUAAACUAGUAUUUCUGGAGUAAAACACAAGUGAUGUAACUUUAGGCCGCGAACAAUAUAUAGCAAAAUAAUUACUCAUCACGGAAAGGAACACUGUACGAAUGGAUCAACAGCACUACACAGUAUAGAUGCUUCCCUUGGAAACAUUACAAUCGAUAUGCUUAUGUUAAGGUAGCGAAACCAUGAAACAUGAAUCAAAGACUAUUCAUGUGGAUGAGCGACCAAGCUUUGCCGGAAGUUUGGUCACCAUAUUUGCUGGACAAGGAGCCCGAGCAGCUGACAGCAAGACCACAAGAGAGAACCUCCCAGGAAAGAGUAGAGUGGGACGCAUCCUUCUCAAUGACAACCACAGCCAAGACCGGCUCCUGGGAAUGAAGCUUGCGGACAUCCAUCAGAUGCAACGGAAGGCAGAGACCUUCAUAUCGCAUCAACAGAAGACCUUCCUCGCAAAGAUGGAGAAGCGUCAGGAUACUUGGGUCAGGGAGCACAUCAGGUUCUCGAACGGUACCAACCUGAUAAGGCAACCCGAGGAUGACGACGAAGACGUUCCGCCCACCAGAGAAACUUACAAGUCAUUUCUUGAGGGUGGUGGAUGUCAAGGGGUCGAUUCAUCAGAUGCUACGAAAGGAGACGAUGGAACUCUCCCCGCAAUAACGUAUCUUACAGAAGGAACAGAUAAUUCAAAUUCAACAAAGAAUGUUGGGAACGGUGCAACAGUCUUCUUAAAAGAACCUGACGUCACCGAUCGAACACCGAAUAAAGGAUUUGUAGGUCUACCCCCAAUCACACAAGCAAAGAAAUCUGGAUUUGCCCCAUCUGGAAAUGUUGAUGAUGUGUUCGAUGAUAUGGCCUUCAAGCGAAGUGUCCGAAAAUGGCCACCAGUUAAGAGUGCAGAGGAUGGGACAGGAAGUUUACCAGUUAUAGAUCUUAAUGAUCCAAGAACAGGUACUGCUGGAAAGGAAUCUAAAAUGAGUGCAAUAGAAGAACUGGAAGAAUUUCCAGAUAAAUGUAGCCCCAUACCAAAGUUCCUCUUGUCAAGAUCCCUACCCUUGAUGCAGUUGGAAGAACCUCAAUCUCGGAAGCUACGAGCCCGUAGAGAACAUCAACCAAAGCUCCGACGGAAGAGAUCAAGGAACAUGAGUGCAAGGGUGAUCGAGAAUGACAACCCUUUAUCGGAUGACAGGUUUGUCAAGCUGCAUGCACUCUUGGCCAGUGAAGUAGUUGCUGAUCAUGAGUCGAGGGAAUUAUCGGCAAUUACACGAGGGUUCCUUGCCGCGAAAAGGUUUGGACAAGGUUGGAAGAAAAAUUAGGUACCAGAAGUAUCAUGAUAUACAUGUAAACAAAGAGUAAAUGAAUCCAUUAACUGCUUUUCCUUAUGAUAUCUUUUAGUAUUGUUCGGAUUUUAACAAACCCUUCUUCGACUGCUGAUGUAGAUUUCGUUAUACUCUAGGUUUACAUGGACCUACACUGUACCAAUUUCCGUCCACCUGGAGGCGGGUAGUUCACGCAUAAUGAUAUCUAAUAGUAUAUGCACCAAACCCUCCCAUGCAGGGCCCCGUUGCAUAAAAGUUUAUACUAUGGUAACUUUGCCAUCCAAUGAUAACUACCAUGGUAACGCUGAUCAAUAGCCAAUCAAAAUCAAGGAUUUCUUGCAAGUUACCAUUGGAUGGCAAAGCUACCAUAAUGAUAACUUUUAUGAAACGGGGCCCAGUCCGUCCGGGAAGGGAGAUACCACAGGAUACUUUCACAUUUGGUCUGUAAACUCAAAUUCUGGUUAAAACUACAACAUCAGCAACAACAACAACAGUAUUUAGCUUGUAUUUGCUUUUGAACGAUGGAAUGCGAUAUCUUACAGUUCUUUGCCCGUAACACACACACACUUAUAUACGACAGUGGUUACUGCAUUGGAUUGCCGGCUUAACUGUGAUUUCAUUGUAGUUUAGUGAUUAAGUAACUUUUUUUUAACCGGACACAGCAAGUAACGUGCUCUUAAUAUAAAUUAUGCUGCUCUUGAUCUACAUGUAAAAGAAGUCGCAGCCUUCUACACUCUAUGAAAUCCAUUAUUUAGAAGGUUACCCGAUUUAUCCUUUGGUCUUUUUUUGAUGAAUGAAAAGUUGAAGCAUUUCGAAAAUGAAGAAGGCACUGUACAAAUCGUUUUCAUAUAUCACUUAUUCUCCUAUGGCAUUAAGAGUGCAGUUAGAAUCACAACACCGUUUUUGCAAAGGUUGCGGUUAUAUUGGUUUAUAUUGGAAUAUUCUUGACUAUUCUUUAAAUAUUGUAUUUCCCCUUAUAGCUUUCUUCUUCUACCAUGUAGUCUUUUAUUGUCUUCUCUUUCUCUGUGUUGUAAUUGGUAAAUAUUGAAGGGGUAGAACAUUGCGUGUGUUUUUUUUAUUUAACAAGUCGCAAGUGAUAAAACAAAAUCAAAACAAAAUAAAUUAAACUGAUGUUUUCAAAAUGAAUUUUGUCAUGUUCACGACAGACUCUAAAACGAUAUCCAGAAAAAACCCAGUAUAUUGCCCUUUUCCCUUUCACAACUCUUCGGGGGGGGGGGGGGGUCACCUUCCAGCCCUCUUUAAUGCACAAUUGCUACUCCCCUUGUCCUCCUUUUUCUUCUUCUCCUCCUUCUUCCUAUUCUACUACUACUACUGCUACUACUACUCCUUCUUCUUUUUCUUCUUCUUCUCUCCUUCUUCUUUUUUUUUAUUUUAGUGAUACACAAUGUCAACAUUAUCUUGUUGAAAAUAAAUUGUGAAUCAAUUUGUUUGGGCGACAUUGAUUCUAUUUCGCACGGCAUGGUGGGUAAACAAAAUGUGACAUUUCAUUGGAAUAUAUUUUCACACAAUAUUCAUCACUGUUUGCUGGUAGUUUUAUUUACUUGAAUCUACCUGAAUUGACCACAGUAUAACUUCAUAAUUUGCCUUAAUAUCACGUUAUAAACCAUGUGACGAAAUGAUUCUGUUUUAAAUUACAUAAAAUUGUUAAUUUUAUGUUCUUAUUCAUUAAACCUUACAGUACAUCAAAUAUUUUAAGCGAAUAUUUGAUGCUAUAUUAUGGUGGACUAUUUCUCACUGUAAAAAAAUAAAUCGUUUGCCGUAUUCUCUACUACAGUUUUUAAUGCAUUCAUUUGAAUAUAUGUCUGUUUUUAUAAAAUCUCGUGAGCAAAGAAUAAUGUAAUUUAAAAUUGCUUUAUUCUUAUAUAACUCAAGAGAUUUUCACGUGUUCUCAAUUCCCGAAGAACUUGGUAAUGACGCGCAUUAUAUUUGUUGCAUGUGCAUUUGCCAAUUUGUCCAGCAAUCAGCGUGCAUUUUGUGCUACUAAUACCGUAAAAGUUAAUGAUGUAUUUAUUUAAUGUAUAUUGUGCAAUGUUUAUAUGAUUUGUUUAUUAAUAAUAAAACGAAAAUGGUGAUUCCA